ACUGUCACCUCCGGCAUCUUCACAACAAAGCCAUGCUAUGAUGGUGCUACGGCGGCUACUGAGAAAGCGCUGGGUGCUGGGAGUAGUCUUCGGGCUGUCGCUCAUCUACUUUCUCACCAGCACGCUCAAACAGGAGGAAAGGACCAUACGGGACCGCACACUCUUAGAGGUUAGAGAUUCAGACCAUCGCAUCCCCUGGAAAGUCCGUUUCAACCUGGGCAACAGCAGCAGACAGAUUACUCAGUGCAGAAACUCCAUCCAGGGCAAGACACUGCUCACAGAUGAACUUGGUUAUGUCUGCGAGAGAAAAGACUUGCUGGUUAACGGCUGCUGUAAUGUCAACGCUCCCAGCACCAGACAGUACAUCUGUAAAAGCUGCCUGGCCAAUGGCUGCUGUAGCAUCUAUGAGUAUUGCGUGUCUUGCUGUCUCCAGCCUGAUAAGCAACCUCUCCUCGAGCGCUUCCUGAAUCGUGCAGCUGAAGGUUUCCAGAAUCUCUUCACUGCCGUCGAGGAUCAUUUUGAGCUCUGCCUGGCCAAGUGUAGAACCUCUUCACAAAGUGUUCAACAUGAGAACACCUACCGAAACCCUCAAGCAAAGUACUGCUACGGAGAGAGUCCGCCAGAGCUACUUCCUGUAUGAGAGUUUGACUUUCUUCUCGGGUUCAGGAUGUACAGGAACAGCAGCGGGCCAAUAAUAUGUCCUGAUUGGACACCUUAAGGGUGCUUUGUACUCUCUACAAAUGAACUGCUGUCUUGGAGAAUUUUGCAUUAUAGUGGCAAAGGAAUGAAGAUAUCCAAGACCAAUCUCUCAAAAAUGGACAAAUGCUACAUGUGAUUUGAUUAUUUACACUUCAUAAGUGCAUAGAAGGCUUCAUACAUUCAUCCGUGAUGAUCAUCAGGUCUACAUAGCAGGCAGCUCAUCCAUCAGGAUUCGCGUCAAAGCAUUCAUGUCAUAAAAUAGGCUUCAUUUUAAAAGAAGUUAACGGCUGUUUUAUGUUUUGGUGAAUAUUUUAAAACCGCAAAGAAUGUGUCAUUACUUCUGUGUAUAGUGCAUGCAUAUGUAUCAGCUAUUUAAUAAAAGUGACUGUGAAACUAAAACGGUGACAUUCAGAAUUUCUUUAGUAGUGCCUUUGAUAUUUUCAUGAACUGUUGUGCUACAGGUGUGAAGGGCAGCUCUAUACUGGGCUAUGUGUGUAGUUUAUCCAAUACAAGGGGUCACAGGCAUGCUAAAACUUUUAAAGCUACCAAAAGCCCAAAGAAAAUCAUGUAUUUUAAAGUUUGCUCGUCAACAUCUGGGUUGAAUUUAGUAGAGAAAAUGAUCACGCAAGCCAAGUCAACUUGAAAUCACCAAAGCUUUCAAAACAGUUGAAUGUGUAUUGUAAAAAAAACAAAAUAAACAAUUGAACAAUU